GCAGGGGUGGUGAGCAUCGGGGAGCACAACGUUCAGGAGCUGAUCGUCGCCGCCGACAUGCUGCAGCUCACCGAGGUGGUGGAACUCUGCUGCGAGUUCCUGAAGGGGCAGAUCGACCCCCUGAACUGCAUCGGCCUCUUCCAGUUCUCCGAGCAGAUCGCCUGUCACGACUUGAUGGAGUUCACCGAGAGCUACAUCCACGCACACUUCCUGGAGGUGCAGAGCGGGGAGGAGUUCCUGGCCCUGACCAAGGAGCAGCUGGUUAAGAUCCUGCGAAGUGAGGACCUCAGCAUCGAGGACGAGUACCAGGUUUUCACAGCAGCGAUGCAGUGGAUUUUGAAGGAUGUGGGGAAACGAAAGAAACACGUUGUAGAAGUGCUGGAGCCUGUUCGAUUCCCUCUGCUGCCAGCACAAAGGCUACUAAAAUACAUAGAAAGUAUUCCAGAUUUCAGCCUUCGGGUGGCCCUGCAAACUCUGUUGAAAGAAUAUUGUGAAGUCUGUAAAUCUCCCAAAGAGAACAAGGUCAGCAGUUUUCUGCAAGCUUCUAAAGGUCGUCCCCGGAGGAAAGCCAGGAAGUACCUUUAUGCAGUAGGUGGGUACACCCGGCUGCAGGGCGGACGCUGGAGUGACAGUAGAGCCCUCAGCUGUGUGGAGCGAUUUGACACCUUCAGCCACUACUGGACCACUGUGUCCUCUCUUCACCAGGCCCGGAGUGGGCUGGGUGUGGCUGUGGUGGGAGGAAUGAUCUAUGCCAUUGGAGGUGAGAAGGACUCGAUGAUUUUUGACUGUACUGAAUGUUAUGAUCCUGUCACUAAACAGUGGACCACUGUGGCUUCCAUGAACCAUCCCCGCUGUGGACUGGGACUGUGCACGUGCUAUGGUGCUAUCUAUGCUUUGGGAGGUUGGGUUGGAGCAGAGAUUGGCAACACAAUUGAAAGAUUUGAUCCUGAAGAAAAUAGUUGGGAUGUGGUGGGAAGCAUGGCUGUGCCCCGUUACUGCUUUGGGUGUUGUGAAAUGCAAGGUUUGAUUUAUGUUGUUGGUGGUAUCAGCAACGAAGGAGUAGAGCUACGUUCUGUUGAAGUCUACGACCCAAUAUCUAAACGUUGGUCUGAGCUCGCUCCAAUGAGCACCCGAAGAGCCUAUCUUGGUGUAGCUGCUCUCAACGAUUGUAUCUAUGCUGUGGGAGGCUGGAAUGAAUCUCAGGAUGCACUGGCUACUGUGGAAAGAUACUCUUUUGAAGAGGAAAAGUGGGUUGAAGUUGCAUCGAUGAAGAUACCAAGAGCUGGUGUCUGUGUUGUGGCUGUAAAUGGAUUUCUUUAUGCCUCGGGAGGCCGAGCUCCCAGUCAUGAUUUUGCUGCUCCAGUAACCUCUGACUCUGUUGAAGUUUAUAACCCUCAUAUGGACAGUUGGACUGAAAUUGCCAACAUGAUCACCAGCCGCUGCGAAGGAGGUGUAGCUGUGCUGUAAAACACAAAGAACAACACUCAUUCAAGGAAUGAGUAAGUCUGGCUCCUCAGAUUGCCAGUUUCAUUGGCCAGAAACCUCUUCUAACACAGAAGCUUCAGUAGAGACAGUGGAGAAUUAGAUCAGAGGGCUUUUCCUGAGCAAAAGGAAAUAUUAAAACUCUUGCCCUCCAAAGCAAAUUGGCUUAUCC